AUGAUCUUUUAUAAACCAAUUUUAUUAGCUUUCAUUGUGAUUGCCGUCACUGCGACCUCAGGAGCAUCUUCAUCUGAUGAUCUGAUGGUCGCCGAGACGGCAGUGGGCGGCGGAAAAGCCGCUGCCAUGGGCGUGGUGAAGGCUGCUGGGAAAAAAGGCGGCGUGGCAAAAGCAGGGAAAAAGGGGGCCGUAUUUGGUGCUGGUGGCGCUAAAAAGGGUGUCAAAAAAGGUGGAAAGGUCGGAGGCAUAAAGGCAGCUGCUGGAGGAUUUAAAAAAGGCUUCAAAGCCGGAAAGUUUGGCAAAGUCGGCGGGGCUGGUUUCAAUAAAAAGUUUGGUGCCAUAAAAACAUUUGGAAUGGCACAAGGUUUCAAGUUUGGAAAAAUGGGAGGUGCUUUUGCCGCAGGUGGUGUUGCUGCUGCAAAGAAGGGCAAGGCUAAGUUUGGAAAGGCUGGCGGAGUCAUGGCUGGCAAAAAAGGUUUCAAAGGUGGAAAGAAAAUGGGGGUUGCUGCAGCAGGCGCUAAAGGAGGCGUUUUCAAGAAAGGCGGUGCCAAAAUGGCUUUCAAAAAAGGAGGUGCAGCAGGUGCUAAAUUUGCGGCUAAGAAAGGCUUCAAGAAGGCAGGAAAAGGCGUUGGAAAAUAA